UUGCUUUGGAAAGAUUGGUAUUUCAGAUCUGAUGACUAAGUGAUGGUGGGCACAGCUGCUUUAGAAACUGAGAUAAAGGAAAGAAGGAAAACAAAUCCAGAAUUGCCAUGUGAAAACCUUGCUGACAUGUAGUGCUGUCAGAACACUUAUAAAGAGCAGAAACCCUAUUCAGUGUCAAUCAGGAUGAACAUUUAAACAUAGUCUUCAAUCUUGCUUAAAAAUGUCUCUGUGUGCAUCUUCGCACAAGGACUUUUCUCAGUUGCUGCCGCUUCAAGAUAUUGGAUGCAAUAAAACAGAAAUUAAAAACUCACCAGCUGGUAUCGGCUCUCCAGUUCCCUACAGCUGUACUCAGUCCGUGCUGGCAGUAGAACACAGUCCAGUUUAUAUCCCUUCGUCUUACAUGGAAAGCAGACAUGAAUAUUCUUCCGUGGCUUUCUGCAGUCCUGCUAUGAUGAAUUACAACUUUACUAGCAAUUUUGGUGAUUCAGAGAAUGCAACUGUGAGGCAAACGUCAAGCCCAGGUGUGUUGUGGUCUGGCCCUGGCCACCUCUCCCCUCUGGCACUGCACUGUCAGUCAUCAAUUCUCUACACAGAGCAGCCAAAGAGCCCAUGGUGCGAAGCAAGACCCGUGGAGCCAGUGCUGCCUGGCAAUAGAGAGACGUUAAAAAGAAAAACUAAUGGCAGUGACUGUACAAGCCCCGUUGCAAAUAAUCCUGGCUCAAAAAGGGAUGCCCACUUCUGUGCAGUCUGCAGUGACUAUGCUUCAGGAUAUCACUAUGGGGUCUGGUCAUGUGAAGGCUGCAAAGCAUUCUUUAAAAGAAGUAUUCAAGGACAUAACGAUUACAUCUGCCCAGCCACAAAUCAAUGCACAAUAGAUAAAAACAGGCGCAAAAGCUGCCAGGCAUGUCGGCUACGGAAAUGCUAUGAAGUGGGAAUGAUGAAAUGUGGCUCAAGAAGGGAACGUUGUGGGUACCGGAUUUUGCGCCGCCAUCGUAAUUCAGAAGAUCAAAUGCAUUGUAUUGGCAAAACUAAGAAAUACAGCGAGACAGCAACCCGUGUUAAAGAGAUCCUGCUCAGCACGGUCAGUCCGGAGCAGUUUGUUUUAACGCUACUUGAAGCAGAGCCUCCCAAUGUGUUGGUGAGUCGUCCCAGCAAACCCUUCACAGAGGCCUCCAUGAUGAUGUCCCUGACAAAACUGGCAGAUAAAGAGCUGGUUCAUAUGAUUGGUUGGGCCAAAAAAAUUCCUGGCUUUGUUGAUCUCAGCCUGUAUGACCAAGUAAGACUCUUGGAGAGCUGCUGGAUGGAAGUUCUAAUGAUUGGUCUGAUGUGGAGAUCAAUUGAUCACCCUGGAAAACUAAUUUUUGCACCAGACCUUGUUCUAGACAGGGACGAGGGGAAGUGCGUAGAGGGAAUUUUGGAAAUCUUUGAUAUGCUCUUGGCCAUGACCUCGCGGUUCCGAGAGCUGAAACUGCAGCACAAGGAGUACCUGUGUGUCAAGGCAAUGAUCCUCCUCAACUCCAGUAUGUUUCCACUGUCAGCAGAAGAACCUGAAAGCAACAGGAAGCUGCAUCACCUGCUUAAUGUAGUGACAGAUGCUUUAGUGUGGGUAAUUGCAAAGAGUGGGAUCCCCUCACAGCAGCAGACAACUCGCCUGGCCAAUUUGCUGAUGCUGCUCUCCCAUGUCCGACAUGCAAGUAACAAGGGAAUGGAGCAUCUCCUGAGCAUGAAGUGCAAGAACGUGGUCCCGGUCUACGACUUGCUGCUGGAGAUGUUGAAUGCCCACACUCUCCGAGGGCAAAGGAAGUCCCCGAUCACCAGCCCUGAAUUUGGCCAGUUAGAACAGAUGGAGCCUGGAGAUGGUCUGUGAGACG